AUGCGUGCCGCCUGUUUCAUCCUCCUUGCUUCUCUCGCCUUGGGAGUUAGUGCCAACCUGUCGUGCUACCAAUGUACAACCAACGAGAACCCAACCUGCGGAGUUAACGACGAAUCUGCUCUUGCUGCUUUCAAGAAGGUCUGCGAACCACUCAGCGAAGGAUCACUCAAGGGAACUGCAGCCAUCGGAUGCCGUAAAAUCAGCCAAAACGUCGAAGGAGUUUCUUCUACCAUCAGAGAGUGCGCUUACUCCGGAGAGAACGUUGAUGGAUGGAAGAAAACCGGAAACCACGGAAUCCAAUUGUACUACUACCAAUGUGAAAACGAGCAGAGCGGAACCCCAUGCAACUCUAUUGGAAACGUUUUCUCCCCACUCUCCAUUCUCACCCUCAUCGCGAUCUACCUUCUUCAAUAG